CGCAAGGUUGAGCGUGUCACUGACAGGCAGUUCUUGACCCACAAUUCGAGCAGGAGAGACCGUGUCCGAGAGAGGGCGCAACGCGGCCAAGCAGCGGUUGGACCGCGGCCGUCUCGCCGCCAUGGAGUAUAGAGCCAGCCAGCAAGGGCAGGGGUUCUCGCACGCCGAAGACCUGGAAGAGAUCGAGCAGCAGGUGGAGGAUAAGAUUCAGAUCGCCAUCGCCAAGGGGGAGCUGGACAACCUGGACGGCAAGGGCGUGCCCCUCCGCCGCCUGGAGAGCAGCGACGACAACCCGUUCCUGGACCGCGGCGACCGCAUAGGCUUCGACCUGCUGCAGAAGCACGGCUUCGCGCCGGAGUGGAUCGAGCAGCAGAAGGGCAUCCGGCGCCGCCACCGGGAGUCGCGGCGCUCCCUGGCCGCCGCGUGGCUGGCGUGCGGCGAGGAGCCGUCGAUGCGCUGGCUUGCUCACAAGGACGCCUUCAGGGAGGAACUGGCGGCGCUCAACCGGGCCGUGCGGGACUACAACCUGAUUUGCCCGGCGUCCUCGCAGCUGCCCCUCUUCGACCUCGCCGGCGAGGUCCGGGCCGUGCGACAGGGCGCUCGCGAGGUGCUCGGCGACCUGGCGCCCGGGACGAGCCCGGCGCCAGCCUCGGAGGAGGGCGGGGCGAGGCCACCGCAGCUGCCCGUCGGGGGCCCCUCGUCGCCGCGGCGGGACGCAGCUCGUCGAAGGAGAGACGAAGCGGCACCGACCGAAACGCGUGGCGCUCCGUGCGGAUUGUGCCCCCUGGUGUCGCCUCCGGCGCGGCCCCUGGCGCGCUCCGAGCGCAGAUCCAAGAAAUCCGCGCGGAGCGCCAAAAGUUUCUGUUCAUGCAGUGUUUUUGUUAGGUAG